UGACGUGUUGUAUACACGGUUAUAUUAUAGUUUAUUUUAAACCACGAUUAUAUAACACCAUUAAUUAUGAAAAACAGAAUAAAAUAAAUCGAUUUAGAUAAAUUUACUGAUUAAGUUAAAUCUGGAUUCGUGGAAUGUGAGUACCUACUUAAUAUGAUCUAAAGUGGGUACCGACUACCGAGUGCAUACUGCAUAUUUUAAAUCAUAAUCCCGAUUAUAAAAAAAGUGAUGGUGUAUACAACGUUGAGCGUAUACGGAUUUCCCAUUUUCAUUUUAAUAAAAUAUCGUGAUUUAAACGGCUCAUCAAAUAUCUGUCAGAUAAAAUUCAAAAACAUUAUCGAAAGUCAAAAAAUGAUGAACAGUCCAGUUGAGAAAGAAAACUUAACUAAGUGUAUGGAUACGAUGGUCUUUGAAUCAAUUUUAUCACCAUCUCAAUCAAGUUCGACAUUCAUGAUGCACAGUCCUAUUACAAGUGGUCGUCCACCAUUAGAAGAUYAUGAUCUUAAUUUACAAGACAGUGGUUUUUUUUCGGAGCUCUCUGAAGAUUCCAGGUCAUCAACUGGAUUUGAACCCAAAACUGUAAUUGAAAAGAAAAAUUCAUCAUUAAAUGUUUCAUGGUCAGAUUCAAUUGUUAGCCAUAAUGGAAUCCCAGAAAUAGAUGAUCUAUUUCUAGACAAUGUUAAUUCUCCAGCAAUAUUGUCACAAGAUUCACUUCCGGGUGAAUUUAAAACUUUGAUUGAUGGAGAUAUUUGUGCCUUACAUUCGCCAAUAAUUAAACCUAUUGUCAGACGAAGAAAUUUUAAAUAUGAUUCAGUGACAGCUCUGAAAGUUGAUUUUGAUUUUGGAGAUAUUAAUAACACUAAUAUUGUUGUGAAAAAACGUAAAUUAUUUAAUGAAUUUGAGUGUCCUUCUGAGAAAUCAAUUGUAUGUAAAAGGUUAAAGCCUAAUUUUGAUCUUAAAAUAUCAUUUGAUUCUCCAAGAAUAGACAUAAGAAAUACUUCUUUAACUGCUCCUGUAUUGCACAAAAAAACUACACUAUUUGAUUAUGGGUUUUUCAAAAAUAAUGUUUCCAAGCUCCAAAGGUCACUCUCAACUAAUGAAGCCACAAUAAAAGCUGCAUUUGAGAAAGAGGAUAAUGCAUCAAAUUUAAUUGGUGACUUCAGUCAAUCAUUUAUAUUGCCUUUGUUAUCACUUGGUCGUCAUGCAGAUCUCCGUAGCAUAUCUCCUGAUACAUUAGCUCAUUUAUUGGAGGGCUCAUUCAAUGAUUGCAUCGACUCCUAUCUUAUAAUAGAUUGCAGAUAUCCCUAUGAGUAUGAAGGUGGUCACAUUAGAGGUGCAAUCAACAUAUUUACCAAAGAGCAACUAUUUAAAAAUUUUAUUGAAAACAAAUUGGGUAAAAAAUUUCAAAAAACUGAUAAAGUUAAUGCAAAGAGAAAUGUUUUGAUAUUUCACUGUGAAUUUUCAUCGGAAAGAGGUCCAAACCUAUCACGAUACCUACGUAAYGUAGAUAGGCAAAAGAACGGUAUGCGCUAUCCUUACUUGGACUAUCCAGAAAUGUAUUUGCUUGAUGGUGGGUACUGUAAAUAUUACAGUCAACACAGGCGUUUAUGUGUUCCGCCUAGCUAUCGUUCAAUGUAUGAUCCUGCCCAUAUCUCAGAACUAAGAAAGUUUAGGUCCAAAUCUAAGACAUUGGGUUUCAAUUAA